AUGGCUGGGAUGGCCGCUAGAAUGCUUGCAGCAGCUGAAGGGAGGAAGGAAAGUGGUCUGAUAGUUGCUGGUAUUCUUGAGCAACCAAGAGAUGUUGCAACCAAGAGGGGUUGGUUUUGGCUGAGCAAUGCCUCCCAAUUUAUAGAAGGUGAAGGCUUCCUUUGGUUUCCAAUAGGAAGUGUUGGAAGUGGCUUGUUUCCAGCGAGUAAAAGGGAGUAUUGGGACAUUCUUAUUUCCAGCGGGUAA